AUGUCAUCAUACAGGCACCUGAGCUGUGGUUGGCUAUGGAGGCUUUGUGUUGUACUGCUGAAGCUCUCUCUGAGUUUGGCUGGACCUCUGCAAUCUCUAAACAGGACUGAGUGCACAGCCAAGGGUCCUGCGUCUUACAUCCUGGUCUUUACGGGUCACUGGAGUCCACAGGCCUUCCCCAAGCAAUAUCCAUUGUUCCGUCCUCCUGCUCAGUGGUCUAAACUCGUCGCACUCAGCCAUAAUCGUCAUUUUCAACUGUGGAAGGAGGGAGCUCCUGCCAGCGCGGGAGUGCAGAACUUUGCUGAAUUUGGAGUGACUGUGGAGAUUAUGAAGGGGGCCAAAGAGGCCAGAAAGAGGCGAGCCGUUGGUGCCAUGUACCGGACAGCCGGUGUCCCCAAUGGCAUCGGUCACAGCUCCACAGAACUGCUCAUGCUGCCUCGGACACCACUGCUGUCCCUGAUGGUGAAGGUGAUCCCCAGUCCUGACUGGUUUGUUGGUGCAGACAGCCUGGAUCUCUGUGAUGGGAACCAAUGGAAAGAGGAGGUGACCUUAGACCUUCAACCAUACGAUGCAGGGACAGACAGUGGCUUCACUUUCUCCUCUCCAAACUUUCCCUCAAGUCCGCCUGAAAACAUCACACAAAUCACAUCACAAAUGCCAAACCACCCUGCAAACUCCUUCUACUAUCCUCGGCUGAAGAAUCUCCCACCAAUGGCAAGCAUUAAGCUCACACGACAAAGAAGACAGCCCAACCGCCAGGCCGUCAUUUCAAAUCAUAUUCUGCCAAACUCAAUCAUUCCACAACGCUUCUCAUCUACUCCUCUGGACUGUGAAGUGUCCAUGUGGUCAUCAUGGGGUUUGUGUCUGGGACCCUGCUCCAAGGGGGGUGUUCGUCACCGAACCCGCUACAUCCUUCUGCCCCCGGCCAACACUGGGGACCCCUGUCCAGAGCUGGAGGAGCAGGCUGAAUGUGUACCACACAGCUGUCUAAAACGCCCUUAA